AUGAUUUCUCAAACAAAUUACGAAAGCUCAGUGGGUGAAACUGGAUCUGCCCCUGAAGCUGAAAAUAUCAGUUCAAAUGACGCUACGGCAUUUACAUUGAGAGAUGUCAAUCAGCAGACGAAGGAAAUUAGUGACUUAAGCGGAAGCGGUUUGCCAAUACUUGAAUUGCUCAAUGCUCGUCGUCUAUUACAGAAAAACUUAGAGGAGCAUACAAAUUCGGAGGAAAUAUCACACACGCUGUAUGAUCGAGACUUGGAUCAAGCCUUUUAUCCUGGUUUUGACAGCAAAAAUAUCGACAAGACAAAAAUGGAAGAAGAGUCCAAAGCGCUAUUCAUGAGUUUGACCCGAGACGACAAAGAAGCUAUGGCAGAAUCGGGGAAGUUGACCCGAGAAGACCAAGACGAGAUAUUGACUGCAUAUCAACUUAACCUUAACCAUCAAAAUGUCAACUACGCCCGAGUGAAUUCCGAGAGCCACUCAGCUGAAGCAGCCGAAGCAGCCGAGGCGGUGGCACAGGAUGAAGCUUUAUCGAAAGGGAAGAAAGACAUUAAAUUCAAGGACGCUGUAGGAAGGAAAUUCACCUUUCCUUUCGAGCUAGUCCAAACAUGGCGAGUAUGUCUGCCCCAUCCCUUUUGGUGCUGCAUGAAAAAAAAAAUUAAUGAUCGCAUACAGGGCAUGGAGGAUUUGAUAAAGCAAUGUUUUUUGCAUAUUGAGGUCAUCGAGCCACAUGUUGCUGAGGGCCACUAUGAUUUAGUGGGCCCAAAUGGUGAUAUAAUUCUCCCAGAAGUCUGGGAAAAUGUCAUCGAGCCUGACAUGAUAAUCACCAUGCAUAUGUGGCCCGUCCCCGAAAAGACGGAAGAGCCAGAGACAGACCUAGACGCUACUUAUAACGCCUCAAAUUUACCAACAUCGGACACGCCGGAUAUAAGUAAGCUCAUCCUAAAGGCUACAUUUUCUUCCUUUUGUUUGCGUUCAAAUCUAGUAUUCAAUUCACCAGCAAUGGUUAACACAAUUUGGUCUUUAGGAAUUGUUAAAGAGGAGCGAUCUCUAGCUGGGCAGAUGACCACUCCGAACCAGCAAAUUUCAAGUAACGCUAAGUAA